AUGGAAGAAGACACCCAGAGAAUAUCGGUACGGGAUCGCAGCAGCAGCCGCAGCAGCAGCAGCAGCAGCAGCAGCAGCAGCAGCAACAGCAGCAGCAGCAGCAGCAGCUCGAACGCUUCUCCAGCAGCAGCAAGGAAGCCGCCACCCCAAAAAGUUUCUUUCUUCUUUCUGAUUUACAUAACAGCUGCAGCCGCAGCAGCAGCAGCGGCAGCAGCUGCAGCAGCAGCAGCGCGGCCGGGGGAGGGGGCCCUGCGUCGAUCCAGUAGCAGGCACAAAGAGCGACAGCAGCAGCAGCAGCAGCAACAGCAGCAGCAGCAGCAGGCGUUGCUAACUCUGUAUUCUCUGUUCCCUCCAAGGCCAAGCCCUCGCAGCAGCCGCAGCAGCAGCAGCAGCAGCAGCAGCAGCGCGAGCAUCAUCUUCAGCAGCAGGAGCAGCAGCUGGAGGCGGAGGAGUACCAACGGAACUAGUAGGAGGCUGCUGCUGGUGCUGCUGCUGCUGCAGCAGCAGCCGCUGCAUGCAUCAGCGGACUCUCACCAGUUGCCUUCUGCUCCGCUUCGCUCGGAAAGGCAGCAGCCUGGCAGCAAUGAAGGUUUGCUGCAAGGCAGCAACAGCAGGAGCAGCAACAGCAGGAGCAGCACCAACAGCAGCAGCAGCCACAGCAGCAGCAGCAGCAGCAGCAGCAGUCGGCGACGAGGCUUGCGCACUACCGGGAAGCCGCAUACGAGGAAUGGGAUAAGAGGGGGUUUGCCUCACAGAGUAGGGGGCCCCCAUAGAGGAGGUAUAUCUAAGGUGCAGCAAGGGUCUGGUGGGUCAAGCAGCAGCAGCAGCACAGCAGCAGCAGCAGCAGCAGCAGCAGCAGCAGCAGCAGAUGCAGACGUUGAGGCCCAGCUGGGGAAGGUGCUUGCUCAAUUUCCUGUUGUUUGGUCUACCUCCUGGAGGCCUGUCGUUCUUGCUGCAGUAGGCAGCAGCCUUCCGUCUCGUGAAGCAGCAUAUAGAGAUGUUUGUGCUGCAGUUGAUAAAUAUUGCAUGCAGCAGCUAGAGGGGGGAGGCCUAGGUGCGCUUGCUGCAGCAAGAGACGCACUUGCUGCUGCAGCUAGAAGCGUAAAGGACAGCUGCCGUAUUAUGCUGCUGCUAGAAGGAGACGGUGAGGGUGCUAUUGUGCAGCAGCUAGCUGUUCCUGCUGCAGCAGCAACGCGGUACGAUGACCCUAUUGUACAAGCUCCUCCAAGCGCAAAGCAGCUGCAGCAGCAGCAGCAGCAGCGGCGACAACGCUUCUCUCUCCCUCCUCUAGACUUCUGGGGUCUACGACGAGAUACUCAGAGGCAGCAGCGAACUGGCAGCAACUUCAUGCUGCAGCCAGCAACUGCACCAGGCCCAGCCUUGCUGCUGCUGCAGCACCAACAACAGCAGCAGCAGCAGCAGCAGCAGCAGCAGCAGCAGCAGCAGCAGCAGCGCAGCUGGGUGGGGGGCCCGUGGAAGGGCCCCCUGGGCAGGACGCAUAACUUGCUGCAGCAGCCUGGUGCUCCUUCCCUUCUCGCUCCGCAGGGCCCAAGGUAA